AUGGCAAAAGUACAGAGCCUCACCGCAGAGAACCUAGCGGACCACCAUGGCGACCAGACCGGAAGCAAGCGACAUUCCAUUUACGCCAAGGAAGGGAGCGAGGGGCCGUCAGCAAUGACGACAAACCCAAGCAUGCGUAGAAUGUCGCGGUUUGAGGGGCGGCCUAGCGUCCAGUACGGCCGCCGGAUGUCACAGGUCUCCCGAAGCAGUGUCACCGGAAGUUCAUUUGCUCACAGACACAUCGGACUGUUUCCGGUUAAGUUACAAAAUACUUAUAAAGUAGAACCGGACACAAGCGAAGUGUUUAAACCGGGUAACGUUCAGGGCGUAAUUCAAGAAGUUUUGGACGAAUGUCUGGACGGGGAAAAGUACAAUUCUACUCAGUGCCGGAACCUGACGCAGAUGUUGACGGACUUGAUCAAAUCUCGCGUGAAGGACAUGGGCUUUAACCGAUACAAGUACAUAGUAACGGUGACCAUCGGUCAAGACUGUGACCAGGGUGUGCAUGUGGUCAGCCGCUGCCUCUGGAACAAGGACACGGACAAUUACGCCGAAGCCCACUAUAAUAAGAACGGACUGUACGCGGUGGCGGCUGUGUACGCCUGCUAUUUCGAAUAG